GUGGCAGCUUUUCAAAUCCAAGUUUGCCCACGUGUCGUCCUCUAGACUCUUCUUGAGCUUCUUCAACUAAAUAUUUAUUUAUUUAUUUUCUUUUUUUAAUUUAUAUUACCAUUUAAUUUUAAAAAAUUUUUGAAAACUGUUUGGACAGGCCUAUCGUUGGUUGUCGAUCCUAAGGCUUUUCGUCUUCGUCUUCAGUCGAGUAGUUGCACAUUCGGAGAUCCAUGUCUAUGCUCCAAUUCAAUUGGCAUAUGUAUUAAAGUUUUGAAAAGGAAGGACUUUCAUACUUGACUCCUGAGUGAAUUUAGAACACCUAAGCUGUUCUACGUGAGGGAAACUUUUCAAACCUGUUGUAACCAUGAGUUUUGUUUUUCGAGGUACUAGAGGAGAUAUUGAAAGUGGAUUUCCAGGAUUUAUUCCUGAACAACCUGCAGUGCGUAUCCAUACAGCUCGGCCAGUAAAUACUAAUUCACUGGCAUUUCUUGUCACGGCAGUUCUGUUGCUAUUCAUGAUUUUGAACUCUCACCAAAUGUCACCAAACUUUCUGCUCUGGCUAGUUGUGGGUGUCUUUCUGAUGGCAACAAGCCUGAGGAUGUAUGCAACUUGUCAGCAACUUCAAGCACAGGCCCGAGCCCAUGCUGCAGCAGCCAGUGGCUUGCUUGGUCAUACAGAAUUACGGCUGCAUAUGCCACCAUCAAUCGCUUUUGCAACAAGAGGGCGGUUACAAGGACUUAGACUCCAGCUUGCUCUUCUUGAUCGUGAAUUUGAUGAUCUAGAUUAUGAUACUUUGAGAGCACUGGACUCUGACAGUGCCUCUACAACUCCAUCAAUGAGUGAGGAAGAGAUUAAUGCCUUACCUGUUCAUAAGUAUAAAGUUGCUGGUUCAGUGAAAGAUGGCUCAUCGUUUCAACAGACACCAUCUUCUUCGGCUGCAUCUGAGGGUUUGAAAAAGGUAGAUGGUAACAUGAAGGCUUCAGAGGAUGAACUGACAUGCAGCAUUUGCUUAGAGCAAGUCACCAGGGGAGAGCUUGUUCGGAGCCUGCCAUGUUUGCAUCAGGUUCUUCCUCUGUGUACUCUCAUGGAUGUUCCAUGCUAGCUGCAUUGAUCCAUGGCUUCGCCAACAAGGCACCUGUCCAGUAUGUAAACUUAGGAUGGGGUCAGGAUGGCACGAAAGCAGGGAGAGCGAGUCGGAUGGUUCGGACAUGGUUUGAUAUUAACUUUUUCAGGUGAUGGUAUAAUAUGUAUAUGUUACAUAUAGUAUUCUACAUAUGUAUAUGUAUAUAUAUAUAACUACAAGAUUUGUGUGUUACCCUGCCUAAUUGGAUUUGAUGUGAGAAUGUAUAAACCCUGUUUUAUCACUUCAUAUUUCUGAUAUUGGAAAUCAAUAUGUCAUUGUAUGA